AUGUCAUAUGCUCCUGACCAAGAUGCCCUUAGACAGCAACAAAUACGAGCUCAGCAAAGACCAUACGCUCCUUCUCCAUACUAUCUCGCCGCGCAUGCAGCCGCAGUAAACAAGUUGGGAGCUGGACGACCAGCUCAGGCUAUUUCAGGUUCAAACACAAAUUUAGCAGAAGAUAAUAUCCCAGAGUCAAGAGCACUAACGGAAGGGAGAUUGGGAAAGAAGCCGCCAACGUCGCUCAAAGGAUUGUUUACGAAAGAUUUGAAGGAAAUUAUGUAUGGCUUGGGAGAUGAAGCGCCGGCAGCGGACACUGCAGAUCUCAUGGAAGAUAUUCUAGUGGAAUACCUCGAUGAAACCAUUACUGGUGCGGGUGCAGGUGGAGGGAAAACCAUCCAGACAGAGGAUUUACGGAGAGUUUUACAAGGACCGGGUGACGAACGGAAGUUAGCGCGCUUGGAGGAGCUAAUUUUGUUACAAAUCGAAAUCAAAAAGGCUAGGGCCAUAAAUGGGCUGGAAGCUGGUGCCCGAAACCUCGGGGAUUGA